UGUGAAUUUUCCGUCAGUUUAGAGCCAAAAAUGUUGUUCCAAAUGAAAUUAAAUUAUUCGAAAAAAGCUAUUCGUCAUAAAGUUGCUUACCUGAUGACGUUGUUUGGUAUUGCCGUCUUCAUAACUGCAUGUUUAAUCAAAUUUGCAGUAGAUGUUGUAUUCUUCAUGGCUACUGUAGAUUUGCGAUAUGCUCAUUAUUAUAUUUACGGUGGAAUAAUCUACCUGAUCUUCUCGAUUGUCUUGAUCUUCCACGUCUCCAAAUGUGUCGUUGAGCACACAAUAGAAUCAUUCGACAAGAUUCAAGAAAUCAAGGAUGAGGAGUUGAAAUUGAAUGAAAAUGCAUUAAUGGAAACGGUUUGAUAAGGGUCUCUGCGUUAAUUAUCCGUUAAUUAUCCGUUAAUUAUCCGUUAAUUAUCCGUUAAUUAUCCGUUAAUUAUCCGUUAAUUAUCCGUUAAUUAUCCGUUAAUUAUCCGUUAAUUAUCCGUUAAUUAUCCGUUAAUUAUCCGAAUAUGGUCAGAAUAAAUCAU